UUUGUGGCAGCCAUUGUUGAUGCUGUUUUGCUGAACAACACAGUGCAGAACUUUGGGAUGUUGGACCUGGUGAAGAAGGUUCUGGCGAGCCAUAAGAGCCAGAUGGACCGUUACAGAGAGCAGUACACGCGGAGCCUGGCCUCUCUGGAGCAGCAGUGUGACGAGCACAGGAAGCGAGCCAAGGAGCUGAAGAGCAAAUCCCAGCACCUGAACAACGUCCUAAUGACCCUUACCCCGGUCCCUGCACCCCCUGCACCCAAGCGUCCCCGGCUGACCCGUGCCGUCUCCGGUCCGGCCUCGGUCAACGCCACUCCAGCCCAGAUCACUCUGCCUCUGAACCAGCUGACCAGCCUGCCGCUGGGCAAGGUGCUGACUGUCGCGGGGGGCCCAGCUGGCACCAACCUGGGGGGCUACACACUCCUGACCUCCUCGCUCUCUGGGUCGGAGUUGACGGGCGACGCCUCUAACCUGACUGUUCUAUCCGCGGCAGCAGGUCAGGAGGGCACCGGCUCCUUCGUGAAGGUGGUCGGCCCUCAGUUCCAGCUGGUGACGCUGCCGGCCCCGCUGCAGAGCUUGGCCACCGCAGUGCAACAGCAGGUCAGCAGCAUCAGUGUGGUGGACGCCACGGCAACCGAUUCACAAGAGGACGACCAGGCGGACGGCGAUGACGAAGGCCAGCCAGAGCAGGUCAAAGAGGAAGAGGGGGAGCAGUGAGGCAGCUGCUCCUGAACGGCCUUCACCUCAUCAUCCUGGACUCUGGACUGAGUGAUGGCUCGUCCACUUUCUGACUUCAGACCGCGGCGUGUUCAACGCUUGAGCCUCCCUGUUACACGUCCUUCAAUGCAGUUUGUCAGAGUGGCGUCUGAUGUCCGCUGUAAAUAUGGAUUUGUAAAUAAUAUAUUUGAUACAGCUGUUUGUGUAGGGAUGUGAUCCAUUUAAGCUGGAGACAGCAGCGUCGUUCAGUUUGGUAAUAAAUGUUCAGUUUUCCAGAACAGUG